GGCAUAAAUUACCACCUCGUUUCCCUCGCUCUGCGUUUCCUUGUGCUACUUUGGACGACAACAACCAACGUUUCGAUUCUCAUACCCCACUUAUACCACCCACGCAUAGUGGUUUCUCCCAAUCUGACGAAGUGGUCUUCAAGAUUCAAGACCAACACGCUCCAACAACAAAACAACAAAACCACAUUUCAACCCCUAAUACACGUCGCUCAGGCAAAACGCAACUACAGCAAAGAUGAAUAACAAGAUGGAGUUCACCGACAGGGCGAAGAAGGCGUUGGAAGACGCCAUGUCCCUGGCGGAGCAACACGCACACCUCCAGCUCCUCCCCGUCCACCUCGCCGUCUCGCUGCUGGAUCCCCCGCCGGACCUGUCCAAGGACCAGCAGAACCCCCCGCCGGGCGGCAACGCACACACUCUUCUGCGCCAAGUCAUCGAGCGCGCACAAGGUGACCCCCAGCUGCUCGACAGGGCACUAAAGAAGACGCUGGUGCGGCUGCCCAGUCAAGAUCCCCCACCAGACAAUGUGGCGAUGGCGCCCACGUUCAACUCGGUGCUCCGCAAGGCAAUGGAGCUGCAAAAGGUCCAGAAGGAUUCCUUCAUCGCCGUGGACCACCUGAUCCAAGCCCUGGCCGAGGAUCCGAGCUUCCAGAACUGCCUCAAGGAGGCCAACAUCCCCAAGCCCAAGCUGCUCCAGGACGCCAUCACCGCCAUCCGAGGCACCAAGAGGGUCGAUUCCAAGACGGCCGACACUGAGGAGGAGAACGAGAACCUGGCCAAAUUCGCCAUCGACAUGACGGCCAUGGCUCGCGAGGGAAAGAUGGACCCCGUCAUCGGCCGAGAGGAGGAGAUCCGCAGGGUGGUCCGAAUCCUGUCCCGGCGAACCAAGAACAACCCCGUGCUUAUUGGUGAGCCCGGCGUCGGCAAGACCACGGUCGUCGAGGGCCUCGCCCAGCGCAUAGUCAACGCAGAUGUCCCCGACAACCUUGCAGCCUGCAAGCUCUUGUCCCUCGACGUCGGCGCGCUGGUAGCCGGUAGCAAGUACCGAGGAGAGUUCGAGGAGAGGAUGAAGGGCGUGCUGAAGGAGAUUACCGAGUCCAAGGACAUGAUUGUCCUCUUUGUCGACGAAAUCCACCUGCUGAUGGGUGCCGGUUCCUCGGGCGAGGGCGGCAUGGACGCGGCCAACCUGCUGAAGCCCAUGCUGGCCCGUGGACAACUGCACUGUAUCGGCGCGACGACGCUUGCCGAGUACCGAAAGUACAUCGAGAAGGAUGCCGCUUUUGAGCGUCGUUUCCAGCAGGUUCUGGUCAAGGAGCCGUCGAUUCCCGAGACGAUAUCCAUCCUCCGUGGUCUCAAGGAGAAGUACGAAGUGCACCACGGUGUCAACAUCGCCGACAGCGCCAUCGUGGCGUCGGCAACUCUGGCAGCGCGCUACCUCACGACGAGGCGACUGCCCGACUCUGCAGUCGACCUUAUCGACGAGGCCGCAGCCGCGGUCCGCGUCGCGCGAGAAUCCCAGCCCGAAAUUAUCGACUCGCUCGAGCGGAGGCUCCGCCAGCUCAAGAUUGAAAUCCACGCCUUGUCACGCGAGAAGGACACGGCAUCACAGGGCCGUCUGCAGCUUGCCAAGCAAGAGGCCCAAAACGUCGAGGAAGAACUCCGGCCGCUCAAGGACAGAUACGAGAGCGAGAGGAAGCGCGGCAAGGACAUCCAGGAGGCCAAGGUCAAGCUGGAGCAGCUCAAGGUGAAGAUGGAGGAUGCCAGCAGAAUGGGCGACCAUGCGCGCGCUGCCGACCUCAAGUACUAUGCCAUCCCGGAGCAGGAGUCUGUCAUCAAGCAGCUGGAGAAGGAUAAGGUGGCGGCGGACGCUGCACUGGGCGCGCAGUCUGGCGACAUGGGCGGUUCUAUGGUGACCGACGUUGUCGGCCCAGACCAGAUCAACGAGAUUGUGGCGCGGUGGACGGGAAUCCCGGUGACGCGACUCAAGACGACGGAGAAGGAGAAGCUGAUCCACAUGGAGAGGGUUCUCGGCAAGAUCGUGGUCGGACAGAAGGAGGCGGUCGAGUCGGUGUCCAACGCCAUCCGGCUGCAGCGGUCCGGCCUCAGCAACCCCAACCAGCCACCGAGCUUCCUCUUCUGCGGACCGUCAGGUACCGGUAAGACGCUGCUCACCAAGGCGCUUGCCGAGUUCCUGUUCGACGACCCCAAGGCGAUGAUCCGGUUCGACAUGUCCGAGUACCAGGAGCGGCACUCGCUGAGUCGCAUUAUCGGUGCGCCGCCGGGAUACGUGGGCCACGACGCGGGCGGGCAGCUCACCGAGGGGCUGCGCCGGAAGCCUUUCUCGAUCCUGCUCUUUGACGAGGUGGAGAAGGCUGCCAAGGAGGUGCUCACGGUGCUCCUGCAGCUCAUGGACGACGGGCGCAUCACGGACGGCCAAGGCAGGGUCGUGGAUGCGCGCAACUGCAUCGUGGUCAUGACGUCCAACCUGGGUGCCGAGUUCCUGGCGCGGCCGGCAGGCAAGGACGGCAAGAUCGACCCGACGACGCGCGAGCUGGUCAACAACGCGCUGCGCAACUACUUCCUCCCCGAGUUCCUCAACCGCAUCUCGUCGACCGUCAUCUUCAACAGGCUGACGCGCCGCGAGAUCCGCAAGAUCGUGGACCUGCGCAUCCACGAGAUCCAGAAGCGGCUGAACGACAACGACCGCGACAUCACGAUCGACGUGUCGGAGGAGGCCAAGGACUACAUGGGCAACGCCGGCUACUCGCCCGCGUACGGGGCGCGGCCGCUGCAGAGGGUGAUCGAGAAGGAGCUCCUCAACAAGAUGGCCAUCCUCAUCCUGCGGGGCAACAUCCGCGACGGCGAGGUCGCGCGCGUGGAGCUCGUCAACAACAAGAUCGUCGUGCUGCCCAACCACUCGGACAGCGACGCGGACAGCGAAAUGGCCAUGGACGAGGACGACGCUGCGGACGAGCUCAUGGAUAAUUCCGAGGACGACCUGUUUGACUAGAUUGGGUGGGGCGAGCGGAGAUGAUGAACGACUGAUGAGGAGGCGUUAGUGAGGGUUUAAAAGCAUUUUUCUGUUUGAUUGUUCGGUAUAUGUUUAGGUUAGGGUUCUUUUUGCUUCAGAAAUAUUGCUACGGACAAAGUACGGGCGUUUAGGUUUAAUCGUAUCAUGAGCGUUAAAUACCAGAAUGUAGAAGAAUUACCAAGUUUGCGUGCGAUGGAACAAAACGUCGGUGAUUUCGAUUUGGUAGGUGGCAGUACAGUGGAGG